AUGGCAACCAAGAAGCUUGCGCGUAUGCAGCUUGGAUUAAUUAGAAAAAAGUCAGUUGCACCAGCAAAUGGAAAUCUAGGAAGAAGCAAAUCCAAGCAGUUGUUUGACUACUUAAUUGUCAUUGAUUUUGAGUCAACAUGUUGGAACGAUGGGAAACGCCAUCAGAGCCAAGAAAUAAUUGAAUUUCCAGCAGUAUUGCUGAACACAUCAACUGGGGAGAUUGAAUCUGAGUUCCAUGCUUAUGUUCAGCCUCAAGAACAUCCAAUUCUUUCUGAAUUUUGCAUGGAACUGACAGGCAUAAAACAGGCUCAAGUAGAUGAAGGAGUCCCUCUGAGGGUUUGCUUAUCUCAAUUCUGUAAAUGGGUUCAGAAGAUUCAGCAACAGAAGAAAAUUAUUUUUGCUACUGGGAUUUCAGAUCCGCCUAAUUCCGAAGUAAAAUUAUGUGCAUUUGUUACUUGGUCAGACUGGGACCUGGGGGUUUGCCUGGAGUGUGAGUGUAAAAGAAAACAGCUGAUAAAACCCAUGGUCUUAAAUUCUUGGAUUGAUUUCAGAGUAACUUACAAGAUUUUCUAUAGAAGAAAACCAAAAGGACUGAGUGGUGCCCUGCAGGAAGUGGGAAUAGAAUUCUUAGGACUAGAACACUCCGGGUUGAAUGAUGCUCGGAAUACUGCCCUGCUUGCUUGGAAAAUGAUCAGGGAUGGUUGCUUAAUGAAAAUUACAAGGUCCUUGAACAAGGUUCCUACUAAGAAGAAUUCCAGCGUUUUCACCAGAAAUUUGAAUACGAAUCAAGUUGAAGAAAGGUCAGCCUGCAACAGUAGCAUUCAGAGUCUGAGCAUAUAUGAUAGGGAGCCUAAAAAUACAGUAAAUUCUCAUGAAAAAGAUCAGAGGUCAGUUGGUGUAAAUUCUCCUAUAAAAGUACAGCAAGAUCAGUUCCAACUAAAAAGCAAUGUAAAAGCAGGUCUUCAUAAUGCCAAAAGCUCCAGGCGCCCCAACUAUUUAUCUCUUUUUAAUACAAAGUCCUCUACUUCUAUGGAGCAGUUGCCGUCUGCCAGCUUGAAUACACCUAUGCAGAAGCACAUAAGAAACGAACACCUUGCAUUUAGUACCAAAUCUAAGUCUUCAGCAAUUGGUUCAGAAUUGGUACUUGUAUUGACUACCAUUUCAUCUGUUGAUCAGGUUUCUGAUACAGAAAUGAGUUCUGCUCUUGAUUGUUUACCUAUGUUGGCUGAUUGGGAGGAUGUAGCUUUACUGCCAGCAUCUCAGCCUGAGCAAAGUAUAGAUUGUAUACCUUCCAUUAGUGACUCAAACUUAGAUACUUCAUUUAAUUCUAUAGAAAGAUUAAUGGUUUUAAAAGAAGGCACAGAAGAAACCCCUCAAAAAUCUGGGACCUCUAAGUCUGUCGUAUAUAAGAGUCCACAUAUUACUAUUUAUCAUGUGGAAGAAGCCAAAGAUCCAGAUUCAGAUGUUUCUGACUUUAAAUUACCUGAAUGCAAAUCAAGUAGCUUUAACAGUGUUAAUGCCACUAUGUCUCAUCCUUCAGUUUUGGGGAAAUACCCCCACCUUUUAGGUAGUACUGAAAGGAAUCUAUCCAGUCCUCUAUCUUUCCUGCCAGCAAAAAAACAGACCCUCACUGUUCAUGAAGAAAAACCUACAUCAUCUGAUGGCUCCCCAGUGAGAAAUUGUUCCUGGAAGGUCCUCCCCUCUAUCUUAGCUUCUACAGUUAACCUACAAGAGCCUUGGAAGAGUGGGAAAAUGACACCUCCUUUAUGCAAGUGUGGCCGAAGAUCUAAGAGACUUGUUGUUUCUAAUAAUGGACCAAACCAUGGAAAAGUCUUCUAUUGUUGUCCAGUUGGGAAAUACCAAGAAAACAGAAAGUGUUGUGGUUAUUUCAAAUGGGAACAAAUACUUCAAAAGGAAAGAGCCAACAGCAGAGUUCUGUCUCAUUCUCCAAGGGGACUCACUUUUAGUUCCCCAGAAGUAAGCCAUAUAUGUAACAGAAAUGUAAAUUUUUCUAAAAAUUCAUUGAGACUCAGACCUUCAAUGAGGAAUUGAUAAACUUUCUCUACAUUUA